AGGGUGUUUUUCGCUGAGUGUCCUCGUCCCAAUCAAACUUUCUUCUGUACUCUUCUGCUAACAAAUAUUGAUUUUAUUUUCGUUCUGUCGACAUUCAAAUUAGAUUUUUAAAUGGCCACGUACUUGUUCUUUCAUCUUCUCUUUCACAGUUAACAUGAGGUUCUUAGUUUGAUGCAGUGUCACGAGAAAGUUAACAUGUUGACAAUGUCUUCUCCUAGCGAGCGCGAUCGGGAACAUCACGACCAUGCCGAGGUGGAUGGCCCGCUUGUCCCUUCUGCAGAAGACAACACCUCCGCGGCUUUACACGCGAGUGUCGGUGAGAACCCCGUGGACGAUGAAUCGAAUUCUUCUUGGCGGUCGAUCGGUGAAAUUUGGGCCGCCGUGCUGCACGCGUUGAACCCGAAGAACUGCUUUCAAAAAGAGCCCGAUCUUCCCAAUGCAACUGCAGCUACCAGCGACUUGACCUCGCCGCUGAUUGUGAACUGCAGACAACCAGCUCCAACACAGGAACCAGUUCCCGUACCAUCGAGCGCCAAGCUUCAGUUUGACGAGCCUGCUGCUGUCGGACAAGUACAAGCCGCGCAGAAGAAACAAGAUUCUCAUGCUCAGACGGAGAAAUCGCUUCCGCACGAUGAUGUAGUUGAGGGCAGUGACAAGCAGGCCCUUCACAAUACGAUCGCUGCACAGUCCCUUGUUAGCGCACAGGUGCCAUCCAUUGCGAGCAAGACAGACAGUGCCAGUGGCUGCGACAAGAUCGGAAAUGAAAGCUCAUCGUCAUCUUCCACGCUCGCGGACGCCUUGACUUCUCCUAGCGGGGUGAAUAAGACACAGUCCCGACGAGAUCGAACAGAAGCCAUCAUCGAAAAACUCAAGAAAAACUACCACGAAACAAAACUCGCUAACCGCAUUCUUCUUCCCGGUGCGUCCACAACAAAGGACGAGCUGCUUGCCUUCUGGAAGAAUGUUUUUGACGAAGCGACUUCUGCAGCACGUGAAAUCGAGAACUUGUACAAGGAUGCGGAGGAAAGGUGGAAAGCAUUAUCGGAAGAACGCCGGGCGGACUUGCAGCGACAAGAGGAGUUCGACUACACAACGCCGGUUACCACCGAUGUUGAAACAAAUAGCACGGCUUGCACGACCGCAUCCGAAAAAGAUGAAGAAGCGGAGAAAAUUAAGUCUAGCAUCAAUGACCGGCUUCUCACUGAACGCGCGGCAUUUCGCCGGCAAUUAGUAGUUUUUUUGACGACGGAAGUGACGCAAGGCCCGUGGACGAUUGAAAUGCGCACGGCAGACGGCAGAGAGUUAGGAACAUUAUUUGACCAUGGUGACGGUCAACAUAAAUUCUUGCAGUCUGACCCGCUUGCACCCAAACCAAAAACAAAACUGACUUGCCGGUCUGUUUUUUUGCCUUCGUCUCGCGAGGUCAGGUUCAGCCUAGGUCUGGACUAUGCGGACCGCCACACGGAAACGGUUGAAGAGACGAUCGCCCGAGUUGCUGAGCGUGAUGCCGCGCGUUUGGCGCAACGACUCGCGAAGGAACUCCAAAAAGCCCUCCUCUUGCCGACCAGUGUCGUCCAACCUGUAUCGCUGUGCUCGUUCUCCGGGGUAUUUGGUACCCCCGACGUAUUUCGACGCUUCGACGGGGCCGACUUUUCAUCGGGACUGUUUUCGCUCCGUCUUCCAGAGGGACUGUUUGCGCUCCGUCUCGGAACAGCUGAGAGCACAUUGAUGAAAUGCGAACUAGAAAUGGAGGAGACGAACAAAGUGAGCGGCGACGCAACGAUCUACAAAGCGCACAGCCAGUGCUUCCCCGUCGUGGUCGUGGGUACCCGCGAAGGCGAUCGAUCAGCGAUUCGCGUUCAGCUCGACUGGCACCGCGGUGUUCUGCAGCCGGAGCCUUCAUCACACCUUGGUCCUGCAGAAGCUCAGUACGAGUUCGAGUGGAAUCGACUGAUACUAGGUAAUGUAGGGACCGCCUGUGUGUUUACACAAGAUGACAUCACGCGCACCGGGAACCAAAUCGAAUUGAGGAUUCCAGAUAGUAACUCUACUUUCGGUCCCGCGGAGCACAACUGCAACUCCGAUCUUGUUGACUACCUAAACGAGCUUGCCGCGGCUUUGCCCUUUAAACGACGCUUCUCGUCCCUGCGCUUUACAUUCCCAACUGCGGCCUGGGCGGAAAACUUCCUCGAUCUUCUCCCCGUGAAAAAUGCGGAGACCGUCCGGGGCGAUGGAAUCGGCAUGGACGCUUCGUCUAGUACAAUUUCGGAAUGCCUUCGAACCCUCGUAGAAGAGCAACUGUCCGGCUUGAUCAAAGACUGCAUCGAAAACAGGCUGCCACCACAUCCAUGGGUGUAUGCUCACGCACAAUCGCCAGGAUACCUACUCUUUGAAACGGACACUGCAGCGGGCAUGUCGCCACAGAUACUUUGGUGCGGACAAAAUCGGGGUUUUUACGAAUGGCGCCUCUUACUUGCUGCCAUCCUCGUUGCGCGCAAUAAACAUGCGACCUCUGUUCGCGAUCACGAUAGCAACAACUCGACACCGAGCAACAAUAACCGAGAAAACUCCUCUUCAUCCCCCCAUACCUCCGAGCACUCUGCUGGCAGCUCUCCGACGAAAUCCGACCGCUCCGGUAGAGAUGGAACAGAAGAGGAGGACAAGACAAUUCGGCUUACACUGUAUGCCAACAAUCCGGAGGAAGAGGAAGAAGAGUAAGGACGAUCUCUUUUGCGCUCUUGCAACGAUUUCCAGAUAUUGUAACACACCGGAAAUCGUAUAAGCAUAGAAACUUUUUCUGAACGAACUCGAACAUAAAAAGUGAAGUUAGUGCAUAUGCAUAGCGUAAAGUUUCAAAAUGUGCAUAGAAAUGGGUCUAACGAAGAAGCAAAAGAAUAUAGACAAACAUUAAAUAUUGAGUUCACGUCAAUCAUGUAACCCCUGUACCAUAGCUGUUGAAUGUCUCAUCCCCAUGUGAAAAUAUAAAUUAUGGGCACACAGAAAAAACAAAAUGCGAAUGGCCGA